AUGCCUUUCACUGAUCAAACAUCACCAAAUGCCCCAAUUAGGGAAAAGAUGGAAGCUUUAAUCCGUCAAAAACAACAAGAAAUCACUAAAGGUCUUGAAGCUUUAGAACCAACUGCUAGAUUCUUUGCUGAUUCUUGGUCUCGUGGUGAAAGUGCUGGAGGUGGUACUUCAUGUGUUAUUCAAGAUGGUGAAGUUUUUGAAAAAGGUGGUGUGAAUAUUAGUGUUGUUUAUGGUUCAUUACCUCCAAAAGCUGUUGAAAGAAUGAGAGCUGAUCAUAAAAAUUUAAAAUUCCCAAAAGAAGGUAAUAUUCCAUUUUAUGCUUGUGGAUUAUCAAUGGUUAUUCAUCCAAAAAAUCCUCAUGCUCCAACUACACAUUUAAAUUAUCGUUAUUUUGAAACUUGGAAUGAAGAUGGCACUCCACAAACUUGGUGGUUUGGUGGUGGUGCUGAUUUAACUCCUUCAUAUCUUUAUGAAGAAGAUGCUAAAUUAUUCCAUCAAAAACAUAAAGAUGCAUUAGAUAAACAUGAUACUUCAUUAUAUCCUAAAUAUAAGAAAUGGUGUGAUGAAUAUUUCUUAAUUAAACAUAGACAAGAAACAAGAGGUAUUGGUGGUAUUUUCUUUGAUGAUUUUGAUGAUAGAAAACCUGAAGAAAUUUUAUCAAUUGUUUCAGAUUGUUUUGAUGCAUUUUUACCUUCAUAUGUUCCAACUAUUGAAAAGAGAAAAGACCAACCAUUUACUGAAGAAGAAAGAAAUUGGCAACAAUUGAGAAGAGGUAGAUAUGUUGAAUUUAAUUUGGUUUUAGAUAGAGGUACUCAAUUUGGUUUACAAACACCAGGUUCAAGAGUAGAAAGUAUCUUGAUGUCUUUACCAGCUACUGCAAGCUGGGCUUACAACCAUCAACCAGAAGAAGGUUCCAGAGAAGCAGAGUUGAUCCAAGUCUUAAAGAACCCAAGAGAAUGGGUUUGA